AUGGACGUCGACUACGUAUGUCGUAUCAGGUGAACAAUUGACUGAUCGGGUUUCAUACGUAAAUGAAUUACAGCGUUCACUUUUCACAUUAUCUAGCUUUCUUCGUUAUUAUAUCAGCUGUACAUUCUUCUGUAAUUUGUACUUUUUUUUAACCUAUAUUAACUGUUUGUACAGUCAACUGUUCCUCGAUAUGCCCCUAAGCCUUCUACUUCUUCACAGCGCUUAAGCGUAUUUCAUUACUGUAUGUGAUUUGUAGUGUUUUUAGACUAUUAUAAUAAGGUAAAAGUCGUGCGUUGAAAAGUUGUGGACGUACGAUAUAAACCUAUCCCCUCAGGACGGAGGGUUUGGCCGUAAUGGCUCUUUGUCCAUGUGGCCGCACUAGCACUCCCACUUAGGUGGAAUCCUAGUAGACUACUUCUGGUGUCUAGUGCACAUUGGCGGGUCGCUUAGCUUUGUGGGCCACUGUACAGUAUUUCUUUCUCGAUCCUCCUUGCAUGGGUUUGACGAUUGGCCCAGAUGGGUGAAGGAGAGAAUGCGUCAGAUAAUGCGCAAUUUGUUUAUCACCAUUUUUUAUGUCAUCGGCACGCAGCGCACGCCAUAGUUCGAGACGGACGACCUGAAAUGUCUUAUUAACUCAGCCUGCGUCAGGAUUCAUUUUUAUUUGUUUGGUACAUAUCCCGUUUAUCCGCAUUUCCCACUAAGUCAGUGCCGUUUGCUUUUCUAUAAAUUUAUUGCAUCGGGAGGAAGUAUCCCAAUGAGGCUCUUAUGGAUUUCAAUCCAUAAUAGUUUUGGCCAAUCUAAAUGAAUACCUGGAUUCGUAUGUCUUAGGGUUUUAAACAAAGGCUCCGUUUGCAUUACGACUUCCGUAGAUAUUCGCCGAUUGCUCCGAAGUACAACAUUGUUUUCAUUAGCGUCACAUGUUCAACAGGAAGAGGAAUAAAGAUAAGCUUAUCUACUGAAUAUUUAAUAAAUUCCACGCUUUGACGAGCACUGUGAGAUAAAACAUUUCAUUGUGGAGAGCUGCGGGGUAUAGUUUGAAGCAUAACUUCUUAAUAUACCUUCCAAAACGUAAUAUAUUAAUUGAAAAUCAAAUAUCUUUGAAUAAGAUCCACUUUCUGCUAGGAAAAUUGUGUAUGUAGUUAUAUUCCGAAAUUCUACAGUUCCCACUUCUUUUACUGGACUGGAAACAUCGCCGGCGCAGACAAUACAGGCGAUUUGGGUUACAGGCCAGCUAGUAGGUUUAAAUAUCCUGAGGCUACGAAAUAUUGUGCAGAAACUAUUUCAUUGUUUUUAUGGGGCGCAAAGCUCUUGAUUAUACUAAAAAUAGGUGACUGUCUAUGAAAUCGUCCCAUACAAAUGUCGUUAUAUCAGCAAUUUGGACAGUUGGUUUUCAUUGAUAUUUUGGCAGAUUUUGACUAAUUCAUAUUGACCCAACUGUGAAAAACUCGGCGCAUCGGUGGGAUUCGAACCCACGCAGUAAAGGGGAGGCUUUAGAGCAGCCAACGCUCUAACCACCUGAGCUACGAGGCCCCGCCGGACGACGCGAGUUUAAUCACAUUUGGGUCCAGUUACCCGCCCAACCUACUGCAACGUCUGGAAUCCACCAAAUCUGAUACAGUAAGUUGACUGCCCAAGCAGGAUUUCCUAAGUAAUUCACCUAGAAUCCACCAGAUAACUACCAGGCUCGCGUAAUUCAUUGAUAUUUUGGCACAUAUUGACCAAUUCAUAUUGACCGGCGGGGCCUCGUAGCUCAGGUGGUUAGAGCGUUGGCUGCGCUAAAGCCUCCCCUUUACUGCGUGGGUUCGAAUCCCACCGAGGCGUCGAGUUUUUCACAGUUGGGUCAAUAUGAAUUAGUCAAAAUCUGCCAAAAUAUCAAUGAAUUACGUGAGCCUAGUAGUCAUCUGGUGGAUUCUAGGUGAAUUACUUAGAAAAUCCUGCUUGGGCAGUCAACUUACUGUAUCAGAUUUGGUGGAUUCCAGACGUUGCAGUAGGUUGGGCGGGUAACUGGACCCAAAUGUGAUUAAACUCGCGUCGUCCGGCGGGGCCUCGUAGCUCAGGUGGUUAGAGCGUUGGCUGCGCUAAAGCCUUCCCCUUUCUGCGUGGGUUCGAAUCCCACCGAGGCGCCGAGUUUUUCACAGUUGGGUCAAUAUGAAUAGUUGGUUUUAUUCCUCCAAAUCGCCUGAUAGAGUUUUCUCUAUGUUAGGGGGCGCUCACCGAUCUCUAAGCUGUUGUUAUCAGAAGAUGCCUGCAAAGCCAAAGGCGUUUUUCGGUCAUUAUAGACUUGUUGAAUCUAUUAAAUGUAUUACUUUCAGAGGCCGUGGUGUGCAAGCAUAUAUGCACUAGAUCCCUCACCAUUGUCAAAGUAUUUUCUUGGUCUUGGGCUAAUCUUUAAAGCAGCCGUUAAGAAUAAAUAAUCUAUACAUUACCCUAGUUUAUCUCCAAAAGUAGUUGCAUUUUCUAUUGUUAUUUACAAUAUCGCACCAUCGCCGCCUCUGUUGCCACUGCCGUUCGGUUGUCUAACUGUCGACCUUCCAGGAUUCGGUCCGAAGGGUCGGGACAGGGCUUUCACCACAGCCUUACUGGCUGCUGUGUAAACGAUCAAUUUGUUUACUUAACCCUCACUCCCGAGACUCACGUCUCGGGGAUAGCGUCAUUUGUCGGUUGAAGUGUGUCCCACUCCAAUGCCUCAGAACUUACUUUAUACUCCAGAUUAGCAGACGGCUGCUGUCGUUCUUCCGACUCUUGUUCAUACGUCUCUGCCAGACUUGCGUGCCCGUUGGCCACUGGAUCUAGCACAAAGCCAGUCAAUAUCAUAGUGCAACCUCUCAGGCCCUCCUCAUUUGCUUCGAAAGGAGGAGGAGGACCACCUUGUGUUGGCACGCACUCCUCAGCUCUAGUGCACCCGAACCUGGAUUCCAAAAGCGCUUCACCAUUUAACUGUACUUCCAACAUCUUAACAAAACACUCUCUGGCAACCGGCGUGCUUCAUCAUAACUCCCCGCCGUAUUAUCGUCUUUAUGCACUAUGUGCUUAAGAUAAAUAUUAUACUCUUUUGCCUGUAUCCAUGUUAUUAUUCCCCAGUUUGUGUGUGCCUCUUAUUGGCCAUCUGCGUUUUCUGGACUGUUACUCACUGUUCAAACCAUUUUUCCUGUCGACCUUUUUGCUGAAUGCGUAGAACCAGGUUAGGCCAGAACGAUGCUUGUACCUUAGCGGCCUGGGUAUGUCUGGGAAACCGUUUCUACUAAUCCGCUUAUUACGUCGCCCUCAUACGGCGACACGAUGUAGAGAAUCUCCAGUAGGGUUAUAUUUUUUACCGUUUUGUUGCUCCUCGGAACCAUGUGCUCGGAGAUAAACUGGGCGGACCAAUAUUUUUUUAUGGAAUACAUUUUCUUGCUGUAUGCUAAACACCUAGUCACUUUACAUUUUGUCUUAACGAUGAAAACGCUUGGAAUAGGUCGUAUUUCAACGGGAACUUCACAUACAUUGCCGCUUCGUUGGCAACGCGUUGUGGCAAGUUGUAGUCCAUCUUGCAACGCGGUUUUAAUUAAGACUAGUGUCAUGUUUUUUUACAAGGCCUGAUGCCAUGACUUUAGUUCAACGUCCCCAAGAGGAAUACCACCACGAGGCGCUUAUCUUUGGUCUCCAAGUAAUUUUCGCGAAUUUCGGAACGACAUCCCAAAUUUCUUACUUAUUUGGAAGUAUGUAUGUAAUGCCGUUUUUAGAUUUUUGAAGCGCAUGCACCAUUUUCAAUAGUUCCUUCGUUGACUGAUCAGUUCAUAGAGUUCAUUUAAAGUGAAAAAUCUGAGAUUCAGUCCACAGUUUUCUCCCAUAAAAUCUGCAUAGUACUUCGGAUUUCCUCGAAAUUCCCUUAUCUCUGCUGCUGUCGUCGUUAUCCCAGUGAAGACCCAUCGCCUGCACCUGGACGUCAUGACUAAUUGUUUGUUCCUCUUCGGUCGUCGUCUUGGUACAAAUAAAAUCGUUUAUCUGACAGGUUAUAGAUGUGGAAUUAGUUUUGUGCGGGUCCUUAUAGGAAGUGUGGAGUACGCUCGUGGGUAGUAUUAACUGUUCUUUUUUGUAGCGUACUGUUAACGACUCUGUCCUACAGAAAGUCAUGCAGCCUUGGCGAGACUCGCGACAAUCAGGUCGUGCCUGUAAAGGUGUAUCAUAGAAACCAAAUCCACAUUUGAUCUGCCAGUCUGAAAUAUGAAACUUUUAGUGGACGGACUCUUUUUGGACACUUCGUAUCUGCUGCCAAGUUUGUCGAUUAUGUGUUUUACGUCGUGUAUUUAAUGUGCAGUGAAGGAGAAGAGUCGAGUGCCGGAACACUUAGUUUAUGAGCUUUCAGACUCGUGCAGGAGUGCAUCGUCAGAGGUAGUAGCAGUAACAGAACAAACGACAGUUUUAAGGCAUGUAGGCCAAUCAUCGACCGACGGCGCAAGACUGGAGGUGAGAACACAGGGCUCUGUACUCCGGCGCCAUAUCGAUAAACCGAUUGGCCGAGUUCUCAUCCGAAGCACAGGCUUCAAUCAAUUCUCGACCUGUUUUGUUUCCGGCGUGGGCGACUAUUUUGGCGCCGGCGUACAGAGCCCUGCGUAGUCACCUCCAGUCUUGCGCCGUCGGUCGAUGAUUGGCCUACAUGCCUUAAAACUGUCGCUUGUUCUGUUGCUGCUACUGCCUCUGACGAUGCACUCCUGCACGAGUCUGAAAGCUCAGGACAAUAAACAAAGUGUUCCGGUGCUCGACUCUUCAUCUUCACUUAUGCAUACACCUGGAAUUCCAAAUUUCACUUUGAUUCGUUAAUGUGCAGUUUCCGUUGCAGAAACCACGCACUAUCGUUCUUCCGGUAAGCCCUACUCUUGGUGCCCUAUGCAUCUGUACUUUGCAAACAAACCACCGUUUUGUCCGAUUCAGUCUUAGCACGUUGGAUAACUGUUUCCUCCCUCCGGCCUUUUGCUCGUGGUAACUUCUGUCAACUGUAAAACUGUUGUACAACCUUUUUUUUCAGUAGUAUGGUCCGUGUGCUUCUAAGGCAGCUGCGCUCUCUCUCCUCGGAGUCUGUGACUUCUUUGACGCAACGUCUGCAGCGAACAGUGGAUAGUUGGCCGGCAGAUCCCUCAAAAGGCGAGCGCGACGUUCGUAUCCACCUGCGGAGGCGUUGUCAAGAGCUUGUGAUGGCCCUGCAGCAGGAUCCAGUCAAGACCACCCCGUUGGUGGAGGAGGAGAUUGUCAGCCUAACACGCCUCAUGCAGAAUCAUCAUCGUGGCCAGCAUGGGGUGCCCAGCGGGCUGGGGGCCAGCGAGCAGGUCGGAGGGGCUCCCCUUAUCGGGGCUACAGGACUCAGUCUUCCCGAGAUCUCCAGGAUCCUGAACGCUGGGGAUCAGAAUAUUCCAAAAAGGUCUCUGUGGUCCAGGGUGUGGCGCUUUUUCAGUUAA